AUGUUUGAACCCGUAAAGUGGAUAUUGCGCAUGGUGUACUUUUAUUCGCGGCUUCUUGGCGUAAUCAACUUUGAGAUUGAUAUGAAAACCGGUCGGGCGAGCGUCACGAGACGUGCAUCGAUAUAUGCAGGUGUGGUGAAUGGUUCGAUUCUGAGCAUAUUACCAUUUUUGAGUCUCAGUAAUCUGGUGCAAACGAUGUGGUCACAUGCCGGACUGCUCCACGAGUAUCUCUUCCUGUUGACCUUUAGCAUUCUUAUGUUGUAUGCAAUGACAGCACUGGUAAAUGUGAUAAUCUCGCAUUUUUACUUUAUAAAUGUGAAUGUGCAUUGCCAUUACAUCCUGCUCAACCAGGAGAUACAGGCAGUGCUCAGCGAGAUCCGUUCCCUUGAGGGUGAACAUCGAAGGGCUACUCGCAUGAUUAAAUGCUGCGCUCUAGCCGACCAGCUGGAGGAUAUAGCCAGGACGCAGUCUGAAUUGCAAACGCUUCUACAACGUUCAGCCCGUAUUUUUGACAUUCAGGGUCUCUGUAUAACCGCCAUUAUGUACCUUUCCAUGAUUGCUACCAUAUACUUUACCUUUGUCGGCCUCACAUGGACCAACUGUUCCUUAAACUGGAGCUUCUCAAGCGUACUAUUCUUGUUUGAAGUCGCCUUCUACUUUGUGGAUAUUCUGGUCACCAUGGACAAUCUAUACAUUGUCCUGGAUGUCCAUGCGGAAAUGGUCACCCUGCUGGCGCAGUUCUCAACGCUUGCUCCGGGCUUAGAUGAGCGAUUGGAGAUGGUGUACGAAAGUUUUCAGCUUCAGCUUGCGCGGAACCCCUUACAGGUCUGCCUCUUUCAUCUCUAUAAAGUGGAGCGAGCAAAAGCUGUUGCUAUAGCCAGCUCAAUAGUAAGCAAUUCUCUGGUGUUGGUUCAAUACGAAAUGCAAAAUAGUUAA